CACGUUUGUUGUCUACAUCUAUUAAGGUAUUGGCUCUCAUCAGUCGUCAAUUUUUAAUCGACAAAAGCACAAGUAAAAGGUACGCCGAUAUAUUACAAGACGCGACCGCGCCGCCGCUCCUAAUCCCGGCAGUUCGUGUGCUUGACUGAGCAGGAUUUAGCAGAUCGAUCGAUCAUCGUCCUUCGGAAACGCCGUCAUCAUUAUGCAGAACUCACGGACAACGAAUAUCCAUUACACCUCCUACACGUCAAACUAUUCGUUCACGUUAUUCAAGGAAUUGACCGCUUCUAUCGAUGGCAAUGUGUUCGUCUCAACGUACAGCGUGCAAUUUCUGUUAUUGCUCCUGGCGUUCGGUUCCAAGUCAAAGACUAACGAUCAACUCAAAACGUUGCUGCGCUUGCCACCAAAAAGUGCGCCGAAUUACGACAAUAUUAAGGCGGUUAUAGCAAACAUUGAAGAUCCUGACUAUUUAACCAUUGCCAAUGGAGUUUUCUCGGAUAAAGCGUUUGUUUUAAGAGACGAUUAUGUGAAUAUGGCUCAUGUCUAUAUGAAUGCUGAAGUGAAGAGUCUGGAUUUCACCGGUAAUUCUGCAAACGGAGUUUCGGAAAUCAAUAAUUGGGUUGAACAAAAAACUGGUGGAAAAAUUUCUAAUAUUUUUGAACCAGGUACCAUAGAUCGGGACACGGUAUUGGUUUUAGCGUCGGCUGUACACUUUCAAAAUGUGUGGAAAAACCAAUUUACGGGUACGAAGAAUGCUAGUUUCUGCCUUACGCCUACAAAGCAUAUGGAUGUUGAAAUGAUGCACCAAACUGGUCAUUUCAGAUAUCACAAGGAUGAUAGUUACAAGUUCUCCGCUGUUGAACUUCCAUACAAAGCAGGUGGUUUUGAAAUGCUGAUCAUUAUGCCGGACAGAGCAGAUGGGUUGAAAGAUUUGGAAAACACGUUCCUAAAGAACUCCAAAAACUUCGCGUAUUUACUAGGAAAUCUUACUGUCCACGAUGUCACGUUGGAUCUACCAAAGUUUAAGUUCGAAUCAUCUGUUAAUCUUGUGAAAACAAUGGAAAAAUUGGGUUGUACCGAGAUAUUCACAUCGAAUGCCGAUUUAUCUUAUAUUAGUACAACUGGAGCGGGUAAGCUGAAAGUUAGUAACAUCAAACAUAAGGCUUUUGUGAACAUUGACGAAAACGGAACUGAAGCCGCAGGCGUCACUGGUUUAAGCGUCGUGAAUUACAAUGCAGAAUACUUUUCAAGUGACAUAAAAGCCGUUAAAUUUCAUGCGUGCCAUCCUUUUAUAUUCAUUAUAAAAAAAAACACAAAUAUUAUUUUUAUGGGUCGAUUGUCCAACCCGAACGCUUAGUGAACGCUUAGGCAUAUGAAUAUAAUACAUAAUUUUAACACAUUUUAUUAGUUAUAAGUAUUUAAUAAUGAGGUAUUUAAUUAAUAAUAAUAUACAUUCAUGGCAGAAAUUAGACUACGCAUUGCCUAAAAUGUCUAUAUAUUUUUUAAGUUAGUAGUAUGAAGUAUGUAAUAUGUAUAGAAAUAACAAUAUUUUUAUAAUAUAAAUUAUUAUGUCUUAAUCCUUAGAGUAAAUAUAACGGUACAUUAUA